GUUAUCUCUUCUCCAUCAUUUUUACCAGAGAAUCUCUUCAAUAUGGCAUUGGAUCACUCCAACGACAAGGAUGCUGAGGCCGUCGAGCAUGUCCAUGAUGCCAAGACCGACCUCGCCCAUAUUGCCAACAAUCAAGAGCAUGAGCUCACCGUCAUCCAGUCAAUUCGGAAUCGCCCAUUGACAUUUGCCUGGGCCUUCCUCGCAGUCAUCAGCUGCCUGCUCGUCUCCUUCGAGGGCCAAGCUGCAGGCAUGGUCUUGAGCAUCCCCGGAUUCCGCAAAGAUUUCGGCCAUGAAUUCGAGGGCUCGUAUGUCCUCGAUGCCGAUUGGCAAUCCGCCUUUUAUGGCGGUCCCAUUGCGAGCUCUAUCAUCGGCACGUUUUCAGCUGGAUACUUUGCCGAUAAGUUCGGACGAAAGCCCCUGCUGAUCGGAUCUAUUGCCGUAUCUUUUGCGGCUGUUGCCAUUGAGUUCGUCUCGACAACAAAUGCCCAGUUCUUUGGCGGCAAGUUCCUCAACGGCUUUGUCGGAGGCGUGAUUCUUUCUGUCGCGAUCACCUACAUUGGCGAGGUCACUCCUCUGGCUCUCCGUGGCAUUAUGACCUGCCUCACUGCCCUGAUGUUCACACUCGGCCCGUUGACCGCAGCCAUCAUUGUCGACAAGACCGGAAACUACGAGUCUCGCUGGUCGUACCGCGCUGUGUUCUGUGCCCAAUUCGGAUUCGCCGGUAUUUGCGCCAUCUUCGCUCCGUUUAUGCCUGAAUCACCCGUGUGGUUGUUGAGCGUCGGAAAAGAUGCUCAGGCAGCCAGCUCUCUCCGUCGCCUUGGUUACUCUGGGCCGGACCUCGAUAUGCGGAUUUCUCAGCUUCAAACCAUGCUUGAAGAGGCCAAGGAGGAGGCUGCCGGUGCCACUUAUCUCGACUGCUUCCGCCGUUCCAACUUGCGUCGCACCAUCAUUUCCAUCAUGCCUUUGGCUAUUCAAGCUCUCGGCGGCGUCUUUUUCAUCGCUUCAUACGGAACUUACUACAUCCAGCUCGCCGGCUACAGCACAUCUGACAGCUUCAAGCUACAGAUUGCGCAGCACGGUAUCUCCAUGUCCGGCAACAUUGUUUCCUGGUACCUCGUUGACCGUGUCGGUCGUCGGCCGCUAACUUUCUGGGGCACUGUCUCUGUCACCUUGAUUCUCAUCAUCUGUGCCAGUCUCGCAACUGCUGGAACUCCCACAGCCAUCAAGGGAUCGGUCGCCUUCAUCCUGAUUUACAACUUCUUUUACAACAUUUCCAUCGGCGCAACGGCUUACACUCUUCUCUGCGAGGUUGCCACAUCACGACUGCGCGUCAAGACCAUCUCCAUUGGAGUUGCCCUGCAAUACACCAUUUACUGCGUUUGGGCAUUUGUCAUCCCGUAUCUGUUCAAUCCCGACCAAGCGAACCUUGGAGCGAAGACUGCUUACUUGUUUGGCGGAAUUGGAGUUCUUUGUGUCGUAUACUUGUGGUUCUAUCAGCCUGAGACGGCCAACCGAAGCUACGAGGAGCUGGACGAAAUGUUCCAGAAGCGUAUCAGUGUCCGGGAGUUUGCGAACUAUAAGACGGAGGUGGAGAUGAGGGGCGAAGAGGCCAAAGGUCAAGAGGCAACGAACUGAGUAAGCUACACACAGUGGGUAAGGCUCGGGUUCAAAUUUUUGCAAUCUUCAAUUCAGAUAUGCACUUUCGAUUAGACCAAGUAGCUUCCCCUCCUGCUGAUAAUACAGACUCCAUGGAAAGUCCGCUGUAUAUUCAAGAGAUAUGGACUCAUUCACUGUAUCUCUGCUCUUCCAAAAUAUUUUCAUGUCCCUAGUUUUAUUGUCACAGGAGCUAUGAAGGUAGUAGAUGCCCCAUUGAGGUGACGGUCUAUGGAACGCAAUGACUAGGAGGCCUACCGAGGCGCAGAAUCGCCGGUGCGGCAUAAUACUAUACC